AAAGAAACAGACUUUAAAUAGUUUCAGGAGCAGUUCCUGCCCACCACGGCUUUAAGAAUACCCUUCAGCCAGGAGGGAGCUCCGUUUCUUUAAGACUUGCCUGGGAACCGGGACGCCCCUCUGGCGAUCUGUCAGUGCCUGGAUCGGCUACAUCCUUUCUGGGGUAUUUUGUUACCAGACUGACAGUCCUUAAGACAAGUAUGCAGUUAAGCUGCUAAGGGAUGGAAGAAGCCAGUCUGUGCCUUGGAGUGUCCUCGGCGGCGCCCGAAGCUGAGCCCCACCUGAGCGGCCCUGUCCUCAACGGCCAGUAUGCCAUGAGUCAGAAGUUGCACCAGAUCACCUCCCAGCUCAGCCAUGCCUUCCCCGAGCUGCAUCCACGGCCCAACCCGGAAGAGAAGACCCCUGCGCCGCUCGACGAGAAGGCCCACGUGCCCUUGAGUGGCCAGCCCAUGGGCAGUCAGAUGGCGCUCCUGGCCAACCAGCUGGGCCGGGACGUCGACACCAGCCUCAACGGGCGGGUGGACCUGCAGCAGUUCCUCAACGGGCAGAACCUGGGCAUCAUGUCCCAGAUGAGCGACAUCGAGGACGAUGCCCGCAAAAACCGCAAGUACCCGUGCCCGCUGUGCGGCAAGCGUUUCCGCUUCAACAGCAUCCUCUCCCUGCACAUGCGCACUCACACCGGCGAGAAGCCCUUCAAGUGUCCCUACUGCGACCACCGGGCGGCGCAGAAGGGCAACCUCAAGAUUCACCUGCGGACCCACAAGCUGGGCAACCUGGGGAAGGGGCGCGGGCGGGUGCGCGAGGAGAACCGCCUGCUGCACGAGCUGGAGGAGCGGGCCAUCCUGCGGGACAAGCAGAUGAAGAGCAGCCUGCUGCAGCCCCGGCCGGACCUGAAGCCGCUGCCGCACGCCCAGCCGGCCCCUCUGGCCACCUGCAACCUGGCCCUGCCCGCCAACCACAGCGUGCCCGACGCGGCCAACCCGGUGCCCUCACCCAAGCCGGCCAGCGUGCAGGAGGACGCGGUGGUCCCGGCCGCCGGCUUCCGUUGCACCUUCUGUAAGGGCAAGUUCAAGAAGCGCGAGGAGCUGGACCGCCACAUCCGCAUCCUGCACAAGCCCUACAAGUGUACGCUGUGCGACUUCGCCGCCUCGCAGGAGGAGGAGCUCAUCAGCCACGUGGAGAAGGCCCACAUCACCGCCGAGUCGGCGCAGGGCCAGGGCCCCAACGGCGGCGGGGAGCAGUCGGCCAACGAGUUCCGCUGCGAGGUGUGCGGGCAGGUGUUCAGCCAGGCGUGGUUCCUGAAGGGCCACAUGCGGAAGCACAAAGACUCCUUCGAGCACUGCUGCCAGAUCUGCGGCCGCCGCUUCAAGGAGCCCUGGUUCCUCAAGAACCACAUGAAGGUCCACCUCAACAAGCUGUCGGUGAAGAACAAGUCCCCCAGUGACCCAGAGGUGCCCGUGCCCGUGGGCGGCAUGUCCCAGGAGGCCCACGCCAACCUGUAUUCCAGGUACCUGUCCUGCCUGCAGAGCGGCUUCAUGGCCCCGGACAAAGCCAGCCUGAGCGAGCCCAGCCAGCUCUACAGCAAAGGGGAGCUGCCCAUGAAGGAGCGGGAGGUCCUGGGGAAGCUGCUGUCCCCUAUCUCCAGCAUGGCCCACGGUGUCCCCGAGGGCGACAAGCACUCCCUCCUGGGAUGCCUCAACCUCGUGCCGCCGCUGAAAUCCAGCUGCAUCGAGCGGUUGCAGGCGGCUGCCAAAGCUGCCGAGAUGGACCCCGUGAACAGCUACCAGGCUUGGCAGCUCAUGGCCAGGGGCAUGGCCAUGGAACACGGCUUCUUGUCUAAAGAGCAUCAGCUACAGCGCAACCACGAAGACACUUUGGCAAACGCCGGAGUGAUGUUUGAUAAGGAGAAGCGGGAGUACGUGUUAGUGGGAGCAGAUGGCUCCAAGCAGAAAAUGCCUGCUGAUUUGGUUCACAGCACUAAAGUGGGCAAUCAGAGAGACCUGCCAAAUAAGCUCGACCCUUUAGAAGGCAGUCGGGAUUUUUUGUCACACGGGCUGAACCAGGCGCUCGACUAUAAUCUGCAGGGCCCCGGGAACAUGAAGGAGAAGCCCACCGAGUGCCCCGACUGCGGCCGGGUGUUCCGCACCUACCACCAGGUGGUCGUACACUCCCGCGUCCACAAACGGGACCGCAAGGGCGACGAGGACGGGCUGCAUGUGGGCCUGGACGAGCGGCGCGGCUCGGGCAGUGACCAGGAGUCCCAGUCGGUGAGCCGCUCUACCACGCCGGGCUCCUCCAACGUCACUGAGGAGAGCGGGGCCGGCGGCGGGCUCUCCCAGACCGGGAGUGCCCAGGAGGACAGCCCGCACCCCUCCUCGCCGUCCUCCUCAGACAUCGGCGAGGAGGCUGGGAGAGCUGCCGGCGUCCAGCAGCCCGCGCUGCUUCGCGAGAGGAGCCUGGGCUCGGCCAUGAAGGACUGCCCGUACUGCGGGAAGACCUUCCGGACAUCCCAUCACCUAAAGGUCCACCUGAGGAUACACACAGUGUGUGUCCACACCAUAACCAGCGGGAGGAAAGGAAGUGACUUGUACCCACAAGGUGAGAAACCCUACAAAUGUCCCCACUGUGAUUAUGCCGGCACCCAGUCAGCCUCCUUAAAAUACCACUUAGAGCGGCAUCACCGGGAACGGCAGAACGGAGCCGGGCCACUGUCUGGGCAGCCCCCAAACCAAGACCACAGGGACGAGCUGUCCAACAAAGCUGCUCUGUUUAUCAGGCCAGACAUCCUGAGGGGGGCCUUUAAGGGUCUCCCCGGAAUCGACUUCAGAGGCGGCCCUGCCUCCCAGCAGUGGACAGCAGGAGUGCUCUCGUCCACAGAUCCAUCGGGGCCGGCCACCGGCAUGACUUCCGAGGCCCCUUCAGACACCCUGAAAGGCGCCGACCUUCCUUCCAAAAGCACCCACUUCUCGGACAUCGGAAGAGCUUACCAGAGUAUUGUGAGCAACGGUGUGAAUUUCCAAGGGUCCUUGCAAGCAUUCAUGGACAGCUUUGUCCUAAGCUCCUUGAAGAAGGAGAAGGACCUGAAGGACAAAGCCCUGUCUGACCCUCCCUCCACGAAGGUGCACGGGCCAGACGGUGGUGAGGACAAAGUCAGCGGUAAGGCGGUCCCAAGGAAGUCGGAGAAGUCGCAGUACGAGCCCCUGGACUUGUCAGUGCGGCCGGACGCCGCCUCACUGCCGGGCUCGUCGGUGACCGUGCAAGACAGCAUCGCGUGGCACGGCUGCUUGUUUUGUGCUUUCACGACCUCAUCCAUGGAGCUGAUGGCUCUUCACCUGCAGGCCAACCACCUGGGCAAAGCGAAACGCAAAGACAGCGCCGUCGGGGUGACGGUCAAUUGCAAAGACCAGGCCCGGGAGGCGGGUAAGGUGGCCCUCCUGCCCUCGGCACAAUCAAACAAAGAGAUGGCGCUUUCCCACAUGAUCGGGCCUCUGGAGGCUGCUUCAGAGAAGACAGCCCCGGGGCCGGCCAAGGAGACUCUGGGGGAGCAGAAGAGCGGCACGUGGCCCGGCCUGGUGGACCCCGCGUUUUGUAACUUCCCGUCCGACUUCUACAAGCAGUUUGGCGUCUACCCGGGCAUGGUGGGCUCGGGGACCUCCAGCUCCGGCCCCACCCAGGAGCCCGACGGGAAGGCCCACGUGGAAGAGGACACCCCGAUCCUCAUCCCCGAGACCGCCGGCAAGAACACUACCGAUGACCUCUCCGACAUUGCCUCCUCGGAGGACAUGGACUCCUCCAAGGGCGAGAACAACGACGAAGAGGAUCUGGAGGCAGAGCCGGAGAUGAUGAGCAAGCCCCAGUGCGCCCUCGGCAAGGACGGCAGUGGCAGGGACAGCAGCGACAGCCUCGUGCCCGUGGGCGCCCCUCAGCCCGUCCAGGGACUAGUCUCGCCGGUGCCCCAGGCGCCCGAGAAGCAGUGGCACGGCCCGGGCCUGCUUCCAGCCCAGGACCCCUCGGCGGGCCUGCCCAAGCCGGAGCGGGGCCCCCCGGGCCUGGAGAAGCCGAUGAACAUGCUGUCGGUCCUCAGGGCCUACAGUUCUGAUGGCUUAGCAGCCUUUAACGGACUUGCGAGUAGCACAGCAAAUUCUGGAUGUAUCAAGAGGCCAGACUUGUGUGGAUGACAGAACUGUUGUGUGAAUACCAUUGUAUUUGCCAAAUGGUCCACUCGUCAUUUCAGAACAAACAAAUGGAUGGUGUCUGUAAGUCGGCAAACACUGGUGACAUUUAGCCUUGUUUAUGUUCCUUUCCUUUUGCUGCAUAUUUUUGGCUCCAAAAGCUACUGUCUGAAUCAACAGUGCCUCUGAAGCCGGAGGAAAGUCUGGUAGCUUUCAUUUUGGUUUCUACAUGCAUAUUCUUUUUGGACUGCUCGAUACCUCCUGCCCGGGACCAAGCCUAGGGCGAGAGAAGACAGCAGCUGAGCUCUUUGGUUCAAAAAAAUACGCACACAGACACACGGACACACAUUUUUUUCUGCCCAGUAAUGACUUAAGACCGGGAGGGAGGAAGGGAAGGAUGAGAGAGGAGAGUGUUGUCAGCACGGACGCCCACAUCCCCGGGGACAUGCAGAGUCUCCUAGCCCGGCUGGCCGGCCACCGCCGUGUGGAGUAGUGACAGUGUGACCCCCUCGCUGUCUUGCGCCGAGUGCAGGGAUCCCAGGCCUCAGCUUUGGCUUCUCCCUUCUCCGGCUACUGCCUCAGGGUGACGGUUGGCGCCGACAGCCAUGUAGCUGUAGGGCCACAUCUUAGCUAUGAAGGAAUCCGGUUCUUUCUUUUUUAUAUUCAGAUGUUGUGUGCAAAGCCCAGGUUUCAAAUAAGUAGUAAUUAUCUCCUAUUACUUAGCGCUGAUCAACAGCACCUCUAUGCCUAAUUGCCAACCUGCUCUAAUCACGUAGACUAUUCUUGCUUUAGCCAGAGACGGAAGGACCAAAUUUUAUAAAUAUUGCUUUAUUGUCACUACUCCAUUAAACAAUUAGGGAGUGUGGCCCUGUCCUUGCUUUCAAAUGCCUCUCGCCUCCAUGGUUUCUGGAUUGUUUAAUGAAUCUGCACGUUUUCUUGCAGGUAAGUGACACCCCCUGUUCUAGUCGGUCCAGCUGGACUGGCCCUUGUCUGUUCGUGCUCCUCGGUGGCUAUCUGCAGCUUGUUAAUGGUGUAAAGUCAAGAGAAGACUGUAUACACAUAUGUGUGUUGAAUAAAUAAUUCUUGUUGGCAUAGGUAUGUGUAUACACACAGCACACCAACCUACAGUAUAUCUAGGAGAGAAUCAGGGAGGCUAAAAAUACUGCCCCAUAUGUUCCUCCGUUAGUCGUGGACCGCGAAGGCUUGGUAACUUGAACGAGAGAGAAAAUUCCCUCAAAGUCGUGAAUCCUGAGUGACAAAUGCUGGUGGAUUGGAGGUCCCUUCACCUGUGAAAAAUCUGACUGGGGGCGGGGGGGUGGUCUGCUACACCAGCUCGCCAAGCUUCUGGAGCGGGCCCCGCGGGUCUUGUUGGCCUUACUGCCUGUGUCCGAUUGUCCUGUAUUUUGUAACACUUUAGAAGAAUACAGAAAAGUGAAGUCAUUAUCUUUCUCCAUAGUAUUUAAGCAGUACUAUUGCUAGUUUAAUAUUGUGUCAGGUCGUCCUAAUAACCGGGAACAGAGGACAGUGACAUUCCAGUGAACAGCGCCUUGGCACCCACAACUUCAAAUGUGGUGAUGGAAGCAAAAAUGUGGAGACUUGUGCUGGGUUAUCGUGUGCUUCGGACUAGAGUAUUGUUGACGUAAUGAGAAGAUUAUAUUAAGGUGUUCCUGGUAAUGAAGGCAUGUAAGUUCUAAUAAUUGUAGCUUUCUGAAUACGUGUCAAACUAUAUCUUUAAGUGUGCUGUAUGCUGAGUUACAAGUUAGGUCAUUUAUGAAUGGAAUGUAAAACAAUACUAAAAAUGCUUCAAUAACUUAUCUUGGUAUUGCUAAUAAAACAAAAGCUGUGAAACAUUA